CGUAGUUUCUGAGGGGAAGAUACGAUUGAUUUGAGGAAGGAUUUCGAAAUGAAUGAAUUAAAGAUAUUGCUUUUGUGGAUGUUAAUAUCACAUGCCGCAUGUGAUGUCAAAGUGGAUUUCAGUGGAAAUAGGGUAUCAUUAUCGAACGGUCAGAAAUAUACUUUAGCAUGCAGUGUGACACCACCUGACGUGUUUGACAAUUGGAGAAAUCCUUUGUUAAAAAUUCCCAUCCAGAAUAAUCCCAGUCUAGAAUAUGUGAAAACUGGAAACAAACAUAAAAUCGAAAUCAAAUCUAUGAACGUAUUCAUCGCAGGCGAAUGGACGUGCUACUCCAAACAAAAUAAAAGCGAUUACAUCGUUUUAACUUUUGCACCCUCCGUUGUCACUCCAGCAGAAAAAGAACAAAUAAUAAUCAAGGAUAAGCCUGGUGCAAUAUACAUAGAUAUCCACGGCUAUCCACGACCAGAUUUCUUGUGGCGUAGAAAUGGUCAAGAACUGAAUGUUACUGGUCGAUUUUCGGUUGCGGACAAUGGUACUCUCCUGAUUUCCAAUGUGCAAAGUAGCGAUGACGGAAAUUACUCUGCUAUAGCUUCGAAGAAUAACUUCAACGCUGAAUCUGGUGUCAUUGCUGUAAAGGUACAUGUUGUUCCAACUAUAAACGGAAGCUCAACUAAAGAAAAUCGAACAAUUGGUGGAAGCAUACAGUUCCAUUGCUCCGUCAAGGGUGUGCCAACGCCAAACGUAACUUGGUACAAAGGAGCAACUAUCAUUUACAACGUCGGGAGAUAUGCCAUCAACGACAGAGGUCUUUUUAUCAAGGACAUUAAGAGUAGCGAUGCCGGCAGUUAUACUUGCAUCGCCAAGAACUCUGCUGGUACAGCCACACUGACUUCAACACUUGUCUCUGUUCACAUACCACCAAUCAUACACGCAUUGAAGAAUUACACAAUAAAGAAAGGAGAGACUCUCGUGGUCAACUGCAACGCGACUGGAAGUCCUCUACCGGAUGUGGAAUGGUCGAAAGAUGGCCAAACGUUGACACAAAAUAUACUGAAUUUGGUAAUCGUAAAAUCUCCUGGUAUGAACGUUCUGACGAUAGAAAAAAUACGGGUGGAUCAAGGCGGCGUUUAUACAUGUACCGCCACUAAUUUGGCCACGGAUGAUGUGGGCAACAACAUCAAACGGAGAAGAUUAACUUCUGUCAUCGUAGUGUAUCCCCCCGAGUUUCAAGACGUUGAAGAGUUGUAUUUUGUUAGCCCUAACGAGCCGGUGACUGUUUCGUGCGAUGCCAUUGGUAAUCCAGCACCGGAAUUAAAACUCUCGAAGAAAAACGAAGUUUUAUCUUCUGCGAUAACAACAAACGCCUCCCUAACCUCACUGGUGUACAACAUCAACAAAACCCUUUUAAAAGAUCUCGGGUUGUAUACGUGCACAGCUCGAAAUUAUCUGGAUGUUGUUGAGAAAAAUAUCAAGUUGAGUGUUCCAUUGGACCACCCUAAAAUCGUUAACGAAACUGUUUCGUGCAACAAUGUCACUUUUUCAUGGACUCCCGAUCGUCAGAAUUACACGAAGAUUGUUUCCUACCAUGUGGUUGUCAAGAAAGUAUCAGACGACCAGGUUGUGAAGAUUAGAACAGUAGACGGCAAUGUUCAUAUGCAAUCGUUUACAAAGCUGGAAGAAAGCACCGAGUACGAACUGUCAGUGACACAAAUGACUAUUUUACAAGGAAUUGGUUUUAAUUCAAGCAAAAGGAUUACCACAUUAAAGUGUCCGUUGAGAAAGAUCCUCGAUAUUAACGUGGAUGGAAAUGUCGUGACUGUUUACUGGCCAAAAUCCAAUUUUCGCGUGGAGAAAUAUGUUUUAAGAUAUGGCAAAAAAAAUACUUUUGAAAGGUUUUCAAACGAGACGGAUAAUAUUUAUUUGGAAAUAUCAGGCCUCGAACAUGGAAAAGUGUACGAAUUUCAAGUUUUGUAUAAACUUGACGGAAAGGAAAAAAAGUACACCGAAAUUAGAGAAGUUUCAAUUGGAAAUGCGGUCGUUCACACUUCACAAAUGAUAACACGCAAAAAGGGAACUGAACAAACCGGAACGAAGGGAUGGGAGACUCAUGCCACAUUUACCUCCACUCCUUCAUCGCCAACGACUGCAAGUUCUUCUACUGGCGAAGCAGAACAAGCUACAACUGCUGAUAUACCUACAAAAGAGGCUCCAAAGGAGCCCACGUUAUUAGCACAUCGCAAAGCGUUGAGUGACGGAGCUAUUGCGGCAAUCAUCAUUGUCAUAAUCAUGUUCGUGCUUAUAGCUGUUGAUAUAUUUUGUUGUUUCUUCAACCAGUGUGGCGUUGUGCACAUGUGUGCGGCAACUAUCUCGAACAGGAAGCGAGAGAAAUAUAGUGUUGACGGUACAGCUGAGGAAGGAACUGGUUUAAAGCCAUUCAAUGAGGAUGGGAAAGAAGAUCAGAAUGUAUGAAAUCAUAAACUCGCUGUGUCUUGAUCGUUCUCUAUUACUUGAAUUGUGACAGUGAAAUGAAACCGAGAAGGAUGAUCUCGUAUAGAGAAGCUAAAGUUUCGCCUAAAACAUCUCAGACGUAUGGUCAUUUUGAGCAUAUUUAACCGUGGGAAAUUGUAACGCAAAUAAACUGCUUGGCGUUUUGCAAUGGAGAGAAAAUAUUCAAUAAAAUAAACAUAAUGCACAAGAGAACUGCGCUUCAGAGUGCAUGUGUAUAUAUAUAGUUGUACAUUGUUGACAUCAUCUUUCAUAAACUUUAAAAGAUUUAGCCUAAGGGCAGAUGUUUUGCCAAAGUAGUAAUAUAUAUGUAAUAUAUAUGAUGAAUUAUAGCAGCUAUACUAUUUUACGAGCUUUUAUGAAAAAAUUACCGUUAUUUUAUUAAAUAAAUUGCUGUCAAAAUA